GGUACAUAUUGAGACACAGCUACCACACAAACAUAUAUGCAAGGGCUUAAGUUAGUUUUGUAUUGAACUUGCAAUAUGACUUCAGUGAAGGGCGACGAAGCGGUGACCGGUCUGUUGAUCACCGUACUGACUUGUCUUGGAUGGGCAGCAUGUAGUACAACACUGAUCAUGCUCAACAACCACAUCCUCAACUCCGGCGACUUCAAGUACCCCAUAUUCCUAUGCAGUCUGGGUCAGUUGUUCUCCUUCAUCGGAGCGUAUAUAUUCAUACGCAUGGGUUGGGCCAAACAGAACGUUCACCUAUCCACAGAACAGUACAUCAAGAUGAUCCUGCCCAUUGGACUCAUGUCUGCCGGUACCCUAGCAACAGGCAACGCGGUGUACAUGCACCUCUCCGUGGCCUUUAUCCAGAUGCUCAAAGCCGGAACACCCGCCAUUACCAUGUGCACAAUGUUCCUCUUCGGGUUAGAAAGACCCAGAAAGGAUCUCCUGAUGGCCGUGGGGUUGAUUGUAGUUGGAUGUGCCACAUCCGCGUACGGUGAAUUGGACUUCUCGCUCUUCGGUGUAUCGCUGUCUGUGAGUUCGUCUGUGUUCGAGUCUUUGAAGUUGGUGAUGACUCAGAAGCUUCUCAGCGGCACCUUUUCUGGGCCCAUUGAAGGCCUCUUCCAUAUUGCACCCAUCACGUUCCUGUGUUUACUCGCAUUAGGCGUGUGUUUUGAGGGAAGUAGGUUCCAUGCCGACCAAGGUUUUGAGCUAAUGCUGGCCAGUCCUCAUAUGUACCUAGUUGCAGGUUCACUUGGGUUUGUCUGUAAUCUGCUGGUUAUGACUGUGAUUAAGCUGACCUCCUCACUCAGCUUCAAGGUGCUCGCCCAGGCGAAGAACGUCGGAGUUGUGUUGCUAGGGGCCGUGAUGCUUGGCAACGCGGUCACCCAGCUGCAGUGUGUGGCCUAUGCGUUGUCUAUAACCGGGUUUUUCUUCUACCAGCGUGCUAUGACCAAUAAACCCAAGAUGAACCUCGAUCUACCCAGACCCGUAGUAUCUGGCUCUGGCGGAAGACUACUAACGUACACACCGGAGGGUGUAGCGAAGGACUCGGGCAAGGAACCUUGACUAUUGGAGCGAUAGAUGUACUGAUGACUGAUGUUGAUGGUUUGGAAUAGAGUGUUUAAAUAGACAGUGCGGUGCACCAGGACGUUCGAGAGGAGAUAAGAAUAUCAAGCGCAAGCCGAUGUGAGGGAACGUCAUACGAGGUAUCGCGGGUGACGAUGAGUGUCAGGCUUGGCAAUCUGAUGCGAAUGGGUGUCCGUAUAGUAUGGUGGUAUGCAGUUGAGGGUUAUGCAUUGGUAUUGAUUGUGUUUCAGUACAUGAUUUCCUUGGACAAAUCUCGUGACCCGAAGUGCAAGGGAAUUUUAGCGAGACCAUGUAUAUAUAUAUAUGUGUGUAUAUGUAUAUAUAUAUAUAAAUAUUUAUAUAUAUAUAUAUAUAUUAUGUCAAAGCGCCGAUUUACCUUGCUGUGAGUUCGAUAUCAACCGGUGAGUUAUGGGGAUUGAAUGCAUGAUGUAAAUCGAGGCUCUGGUAAAUACGCUCGCGCCAGAGCACUGGUUUGUCGUGAUAGUGGAUCGGUUGAAUCUUGUGGCUUAGGUUGAUGAUAUACAAUAGAGUAUUUAGAGGUCAUCCUGGUGAAUGGCCGUACGGGAGGGAGGGUAGAGUAUAGCUGUGGCGUUCUCCUGCGCAUUGGUGAACUAGAGGUUCUGUGAAAAACACCCUGUCAACCACGAGCUUGCGAUGCUUUUGGAUACCCUUUGAACAGCGGAUAGGUCCAAGUGGCCAUGUACAAAUGAGUUUGUACACAUGACUUAUCUGUAUGAUAUAGGUAUCGUACCUGUACACGGUGCGGUACUUCGCCAUGUGAAAUGUUUGACACGUAUACGUAUCCCACAUACGCGCGUGUGUAUACAGAUAAGAAGUCCUGUAUUUCUCCUAAUUAAACUCUGUUCACGAAA